CCCGGCCAAUAAAAUUUAUCUUUCAGUAUUUCGUCAUGCAAUAAAUGUUUUUUUUUAUUGUUACGCGGAAAUUGUUUCCUUUUAGUUCUCAGAAGGUGAUAUCCAGCGCCUUCUACGCAAAUUUUAAGUUUUCACAAAUCAAAGGUUUUCACGUGUCACGACACCCACGUGUUGCAAACAACAAAAUGGCGGACGGCACUGUUGUUGAAGAAUAUUCCAAACGCGCAAAAAUAGCGGUGAGAUUUCUUAUCCAACUUCCUCAAGCUUUUCCUUAUACUUCUAAGGUAACCUUAACUUUUUUUGUAUUUAUUAGGAGGAUGAAAUGACAAGUCUGAAGAGGAAAAUUGAGGCAUUACAAGAUUGUGUUGCAUCCGAUAAUGGAACCAAUGAUAGUGCACGUGAUCCGGAGUUGGAGAAGCUUUUUACUGAGAACAGCAAGCUUAAAUAUCAAGUGGAGACCCUCAAGCGUGUAAGAGAUACUCCAAAUUACUCUUCAGUUGUUUAAUUUUACCAAAUGUAUUUGAAAUCGAACAAAAUUCCUAUUUUACACAUGAUAAGUGCAAUAAGUGUAACUUCCUCUUUCAGUUUCACUACACAUUCCUUAUUUUUUUUAGAAAUUCCCCCUUUCGAGUCAAAAGAUUGCAUUCGAUUCUCUUUGCCAUGCUCCUUGUCUUUGGUCUUGACAACAUGACAAUGCACCUUAGAGAAAAAAAAGAAAAUAAACUGUGCCACCUUCCUAACCAAUCUGAUGCAAUACUAAGUAAGUAAUUUAGUGUUAACAACUGAGUUGAAAACGUAAAUUAGCCAGCGUAAAGGGUAAAAAAGCUGACGUUUUGAGCGUUAGCCCUUCAUCAGAGCGAUUGGUAUUGAUGCAAUGCUAAAACUGGUUGUAAUAAUAUAAACUCACAUGUGAUUGUCACCCUUGUUUGUGCAGCACCCAGUGAAAGAAUGCUCUAUUAUUUACAUGCAAAAGUGCAUUCACUCCAUCAACCCAGAGUGGCAGAUCUUCUUUAGAUCUCAGAUCUCAGUUCUCAGUCAAACCUUGCGCUGUUUGUCUCCUACCCUGGGGUUCAUAUCUCAAAGUAAUCUACUCGUCAAUGUAUUUACCUAUGUGUAAGAAAGUCUUCUUUCAUUCAGUAAUUCUCCAAGACAACCAUUGUCAUUAGGAAGUUCUUUGUAAUUCAUUUUGAAUACUUUUUUUUCUCAGAGCAUCAAGGAAGAGAAAGCCAAUUCCAAGAGGAUCAUGACUAACUGCCAGUUCACACUGAAUGAAAUGUUUAAAAAAGCUAUUGCACAAACAUUUCCUGAACUACCAGAUGCCCCUGUUCUUGUACAGGCCUCUCAGGGUGAAAAGUUUGGAGAUUACCAGUGUAACAGUGCCAUGGCAAUUAACCAGGUGAUACAAAUUGCAAGGUGUCUUGUAUAAAUUCCUCUUACUAAUCAAGUUUGAGGUCAAUACUGUAAGUUACAGACCUUGUUUUUUCCACAUGGGUCAUCAAUAUAAGCAGAAAAAGGGAGGUUCUUUAACUUAUGGUACAGACAGAGAAAAUCAGGUUAAUAAGAUAUUUAUUAUGCCUCAGUGUUCAAAUAAAGGGGGAAGAUUCCAGUUUAAACAAACUUUUUAAUUGGUGGUCAGUCUCCAUGGUGAAAUUUGGCUUGCUGAACUGACCAAUCAUAGUGCACCUUCUAACUGAGAUAUAAUAUAGAGUCAUUUUUGUCACUCUAUAAUAUGUUAGUUAUUUAAAUGUCAAAUAAGUUAUUUAGAACAUUUGGAUUGAGUUUUGUAUGAGUGAAACAAAUGAUAUCACAACAGCCAAUCACAACAUGGAUAAGUGUUAUGAGGACCCCACUAAGAAAACAAAGUAAAAAAGCACACUGCCUAAAUCACAGGAAAACACAGGUGACAGGUUGUGAUUGGUUUUAGUUUUUGCAUCUGAUUUGUUUAGAGGUGGUAUGACUUUUCUCGAAUAAUCUCAGAGCAAAGGGAAGCAAUUGAUGACUAAUUUAAUCCAUAAUUAUUUGCAACACUCACUUGAAAGUUGCCUCCAUUUCCUGUGCAUGGUGACAGCAACAUGAUUUGAUAAUAAGAGUGCUGUGAUUUUUUUAGUCCAUAAAAAUUAUUUGUUGCUACUUUACCAUCCACAGAUACUCAAAAGCAAGGGGAUCAACAGCAACCCUCGUCAAAUUGCUACUUCAAUUGUGGCAAAUGUACCUCAGAAUGAUCUCAUGCAAAAGGUGAGAUCAAUAAUGCAGGGAAAGACUUGGUAAAAAUCAAUCUUCUCUCGCAAUUAUAAAGGAAAAGUUUUGUUUCUUUCAACUUUUAUUUGAUACAGGUUGAAGUGGCUGGAGCUGGUUUUAUAAACAUAAGUCUCAGUCAUAACUUUGUGUCAUCAAUGCUAAAAGACAUUCUUACAAACGGAGUACAACCUCCUGCUGUUCCGGUCAAGAAGAGAUGUGUCAUUGACUUCUCCUCUCCAAAUAUUGCCAAAGAGAUGCAUGUUGGGCAUCUAAGGUCUACAAUUAUUGGAGAAAGCCUGAGUCGUCUUCUUGAAUUUGUUGGGCAUGAUGUCCUACGGUAAGGCCACAUCAGGCAGCUUAGUUUUGUCUUUUGGUGACCUGUUUUAAGUGUGCUGAGGUAAGGGCCUUUAGGCACCCAGUGGAGUGGCAGAGCCAGCAGGAGGGGGGGGAGAGAGGUGGGGACACCCCACUUCCUCCAUCAGACCUGAAGGGUUUAUUUACUGCUUGUCUAAAGAUAGAUUCUUGCAAUGUCAGGAUGGCAUAUUACCUCUUAACUUGAAGUAUUUUAGACUGACCUAACUCACAUCAUUCCUUAGCUUAUUAAUUAAAUGCUUAAUUUGCCAACAUGGCUGUUUCCAAGAUGACACAGGAAGUGUUUCAUGACCUCAAAAACAGCAACAAAUAAGGGUGCCCCACACCCAACUCAUACUAUCAAAAUGAUUUGAAAUCUUCUUUGUGGUCAAGCAAACUUAGUAGUUUUUCCUCAUGUUUUAUUUGUGUUUUAGCCUUAAUCACGUUGGAGACUGGGGCACCCAGUUUGGGAUGUUGAUUGCUCAUCUCCAAGACAAGUUUCCAAAUUAUCUGCAAGUUUCACCACCCAUUGGUGAUCUGCAGGCUUUUUACAAGGUAUGUUAUGCUUUUUCAUCCAGAUCUCUCUGACUUCUUCUCGUAGCAUGCUAACCAAGAUUGCACAGCAUAUUUAUCAUUAGCUGCUACCUAUUGUAAGAUACAUGGCAGACAAAUAAACAACUCAUCACUUAACUCUCUUGUUGAUUUCUGCUCAGGGAUGUUGAAACAUCAGACACUGUUACUAGUAACAUUCCUUUCCAGGAAUACUUUCACCCAGACUGUAAUGUUAUUUCUUCAAUUUUGUUUACUUUCAUUUCACUUCUGUCCCAUGUGACUACAGCAUCAUUUACCAUAACAGUACACCUCAAGGCCAGGUUUUCUGGUUUUGUAUUACCUGAUUAGAGCAAUUUUCAGGAUUGCAUUGGGUUUGCUUUAAUUUGCUCUCUGAUUGGUCCAGAAACUCGUGCCACCCUCUCAACCAAUCAGAUGCAAAACUUCAACCAAUCACGACUUGGUCGCCAGCAUUUUGAUUUUUCUUUGAGUUCUUAUUGGCUCUUAACCCUUGAACCCACAAAAGUGAUUAUCAUGUGACGUCUCCCAAUGAUAUCCAUUGGCUAUUUAGCAAACAGGUAAUGGAAAUUAUUGGACAGAAGUUAUUAUCUUGAUCUAACAACAAAUUCUUGAAACUUGCUACAAGGAAACGUCUAGCAGCUAGAGGGGAGAAUUAACAAUUAGAUCUUAGGAGUUAAAGGGUUAAAGGUGUUUCCUUUUUUCUGAUUGGCUUUUUUUUGAUGAACUUUGGUUUUGGUUUACAACAGUCAAUUGAAAAGCAAUCUAAAACUGAGUUUACUCACCAGUUGUUUGCCAGUUCUUCUUACGAAUACUAUAAAACAGACAAUCAGACCACACCAUCAGACUUCCUCUGUAUAUUUUACAUUUCAGGAAUCCAAGAAGAGAUUUGAUGAAGAUGAGGCAUUUAAGAAGGUGGCUUAUCAAAGAGUUGUGGAAUUACAAGGGCGUGAACCAGACGUUACAAAAGCCUGGAAUCUUAUUUGUGAUGAGUCUAGGAAAGGUGAAAUGUCUUUAUAAACUCAACCCUUAACUCUCAUGAAUGACCAAGAAGUAAUUUCUCCUAACAAUAUCAAGCAGACAAGUGAUAAUAGUAAGGAGAAAUAUCAAUUAGGAGAUUAUAAAUAUAUCCUCUACCAAAUUCCUCAUACUAACAUCAUAAGAACUGUAUGACAGACAGUAAGGAGAAUUAACAAUGAGAUCCUAGGGGUGAAAGGGUAAAGAUUGAAAGAAAAACUCUUAAAAUGAAAAAGGGAAAAAUUGUUUAUUAGCUUUUUCACUUGUCUUUUGCCUAAGGGUAACAAUCUCGUAAUACAAGCUAACACGUUCGUCAUCAGCUUUAUCAGUUUGGUUUCAAUGCUGUAAACUCGCAACUUUUCUUUCAGAGUUUGACAAUAUUUAUGAGCGACUGGAUGUCACUUUAAUCGAGAGAGGGGAGUCAUUUUAUCAGGAUAUGAUGCCUAAUGUUGUUGCAGAUCUUGAGCGGAAAGGUUUGUGACUUCUUGUGCUGUACAGAGUCGUCUGCUCAUAGCUACAUUUUUUCUAGGAAACAUGUUUCAAACAAGAGAUAUUUCUUUUCGCCGUCCUUAGACCGUAGUCCAUUCUCAAAAUCGGUCUGCCUACGUAACUUUCUUUGGAAGACAAGGCGAGUAUAACAAUGUCUUAUUUCAGGGAAAGUAAUCGAAGACGAAGGCCGUAAAGUCGUUUUUGUUCAGGGAUAUAAGGUACCGCUGACGGUCGUCAAGUCUGACGGUGGAUUCACAUACGAUACAUCUGAUAUGGCGGCCUUGCAGCAGAGAGUGCAUGAUGAGAAUGGCGACUGGCUGAUUUACGUCACUGAUGCUGGCCAGGUGAGGGUUUUUGAAAAGUGCGGAGUUGCGACAUAAAACCAUUUUUAUAUUCAUUGACAAAAGGAAUCCGGGAUUACAUUGGUUUUCCUAGAAUUCAUUGAUAUAGAGCAUGGCCUUGUCUCUGCUACUCAGACACCAACCACGUAGUCGCUUACGCUUUUCCCGCGCUUCAGACUAUUUCCCUUAUUCUGAUUGGCCGUUACUUUGAUUUUGGUAUCAUGUACGACACCCAAUCAAAAGAGACUUGAAGAUGUUAUAAUGAAAUGAAAACUAGGAAUGAGAGGUUACGUAGCUUUUACAGUUUCGAUUAAAUGAGGGUCCAAGAACCUUACAGUGUUAACUCUACUAAGAAUCUUUUCUCGUUUUUGCAAUUGUUCCUUGAUCAACAGCGCUCGACAAAGAACCAGUGUAGAAAUGAAGCGGAGCGCCUUUUGUCGCAUUUGAAUUCAGUAGAGCCGUCGAUCCAAUUCACCCUUGAGCGCGAAAAGGAUAGACAUUUGCCCUUUCUUGAUUUAAAUGUGUCCAGAGGGGUUCAUGGUUAUUUAGAGACAUGUGUCUGCCGUAAACCUACCCACACCGACAAAUACCUCGCUUUCGAUUCUCACCACCCUAUUUGCCAUAAAAAGUCUGUAGCCAAAACUCUACUUAGGAGGGCUGACUGUCUACCAUCUUCACUCGAUUCGAAGGCUGAGGAGAAGAAAUAUGUUUUCAAUGUCCUAAAGGCAAAUGGCUAUACAAAGACUUUUCUCCGUAACUGCCAAAAACCAGUUACAAAUAGUAGCGCUCUUGAUGAAAGGGAACCAGCGACUGGUUUUGCUGUUAUUCCUUACAUACAGGGUGUUACGGAACCCAUCAAGAGAAUUUUGAAUAGCCACAACCUGAAAGUUGCUCAAAAACCUUUUCAGACUUUGGGGCAUAUUUUCGCCAAACCUAAGGAUCCUGUCACGAAAGAACAACGAACCGACGCCAUUUAUUCUAUUCCUUGCAAUGACUGUGACAACGAAUACAUCGGACAGACCAAACGUCAGUUUGGUACACGAUUAAAAGAGCACCAAAAAGCAGUUUUUCUUUGCAAAAAGGAAAAUUCAGCUUUAUCGGAGCAGACAUGCCUAACCAACCAUACGAUUGGGUGGGAUAAUUCUAAAAUUAUCACCACCAAUCGGCGUUACCACCAACGCCUUUGUUUGGAGGCUUAGCAUAUUAACUCCGCCCACUUUCCUUUAAAUCGUGACGAUGGCGGUUUGCUUCCUGACGCCUAUUUACACCUCGUCAGAAAAAAAGGCCGCUAAUUAGUGAUCAUAUAAAAGGGCCUCUUGUUGCAGCGUUUAGAUCACCUCUGAUGAAGGCACUAGACAGGAGUGUCGAAACGUUGGGUCUAUGAAUUGUAACUUCUUCAGUUACAUUCAUUAAAUCUGCAAACCAGAGUAGCAUCAAACUAUGUCUAACCAGUGUAGAGUUUAUCCCCAACCCCCCCCCCAACUAAAAAAAACAUAACGACAACAAAAAAAUCUUUCAACAGAGUAUCGGUGAGAAAAGUUUCCUUAGAAAAUGAAAACAGGUUUGAUUGCUUAGCCUUGUGAAACUUAUUGAACGAAAAGGCUUUCUCAAUAUCCUUUCUGGAUGAUUUACUGCAGUUAUUUGCAGACUAAUAACUCCUUACUUUCCUUUCAUUUAUCCAAGGGAGAUCAUUUUAAACUGAUCUUUGGAGCUUCACGAGAGGCUGGGAUUUAUGAUCCGAAAGUGAUUCGAGUGGAUCAUGUCGGUUUUGGUGUCGUUCUCGGCGAGGACAAGUAAGUUAGUCAGGGGAGGGAUGGGGAUAUUACAGUUAGACACAAGUAUUGGACGACCCCUCCUCCCUCCCUCCCUCCCUCCUCCUUUCAUAUCCUGCUCUGGUUCUCGAAGUCCUUUAACUUGUUUGGGUAAAAUUUUACCUUUGUAUAUUUAGUAAUUGUCGAAUUGUUUUAUCGCUCGGCAUAUUUGUAUUUCCUCUUUUAAGGUAUCGCUGUCCUCUUUUUUCCUAAGAAAAAGCAACUUAUCGCGAUCGUGAUUAUUCGCGCCUCGCCUCGCCUCGCCGCACGAUGAUUCCCCAUCCCCCCUUCCCCCCUCCUGUCUUUGUAUGGUCAAUAACCUCUAGGGGCAAUGUCAAAGAUGAAAGACGAAUAACACAUGAGAAAGAAUUGUCUUGUUGUUUCAUACAGAAGGACAUUUUUCCAAGCGGGAAGUUAUACCGUUUGAGUUUUCUGUGUUUACAACAGAUUCUGAUCAUCUUUUCUUUUUCUUGCAGAAAGAAAUUCAAAACCCGUUCGGGAGACACAAUUCGUCUCAUUGAUCUGCUUGACGAAGGUCUUAAAAGGUCACUGGAUAAGCUGAAGGACAAGGAACGAGACAAAGUUGGUUUCUUUAAAUGUUCGCUCGGCACUCGUUACUUGUUUUUUUUGUUCAAGCCGUUUUUCUUGCGCUUUGUGUUUGUUUCUGUUUUGUUGCUCGUCAGAGUUAUCUUUUAUUUAGCGUUGAAAGUAAUCCGGUGUUGUUACUUUGCUCUGUGAUUGGUCAAUAAAACUCACAAUCAGACGCAAAAAUAAAACCAAUUGCGACUUGGUUACUCAGUCCUUUCCGUUCUGCAAACAGUUUUCAUGCUUUCGCCUUGAAUUCCCAUUGGCUCCUUUUCACAUUUGCCUUUUCCUGAUUGGUCGUCUUUGGUCCUACGACGCAAAAUCGAAAACUCGCCUUAAAUGUUUAUAUCCUUUAACCUUCUUUUCUCGGCUCUUCAUUUUGUUUUUGUCACCUAGUUUUGUUAAAAUUGACAUUUUCCAGUGGAGAACCUAAUGUUUCUUUUGCCUUUAUUGCUUCUCAAGGUUCUCACCCCGGAAGAGUUGAAGGAUGCCCAAGAAGCCGUUGCCUAUGGCUGUGUAAAAUACGCAGAUCUUUCACAUAACAGGAUCAAUGACUAUGUGUUUUCAUUCGAUAAGGUAAGUCGUGAGAGAGGUUUGCUUGUUAAGCAAAAUGAAAGCAUCUUGAUUAUUUAUUGAGCUUUUUCAAAGUCCUAGAUAAAUGAGUACACUUGUUGUUUAAAUGAUAUACUGCUUCUUUAAAUGCUGUGACGAUGGUGCAGAGCAGUGGUACAGCUUUGAAAUUAUACCUUGUCAAAUCUUUCGUCUUUUGAGAGGAAGAAGGGAUGAUUUGUUCGAGAUGUUUUUUAGACCGUUUCAAGUUGUUGAAUUUAAUGGUCGCGCUUCAACUUGCGGCCGUCUUGGUCGCCACCGCGGCUGGAAAGAAUUUAUAUGUUAGAGUGACCUUUCAUCUAGGGGGUAAAGGAUGGUAACAAUAAUCCUAAACGCUUCGCUUUAUGUGAGAGUCUCAUCGAAAUUUUUGCUCCCAUCAGAUGUUGGACGACAAGGGAAACACAGCAGUUUAUCUUCUUUACGCGUACACUCGGAUAAGGUAAAAGUCAUCUUUGUCACAGUUAGGUACUAGUGUACAAAAUUAUUAACACUGCGUUCAUGUGGUAUUUUUCUCAGAAUAGUUCUUUUUAGACUAACUUUCGCCCAUCGGUUUCGACACUGUCGAUCCUAGCAAUAUGAAGAAUUCGUUUCGGUCGGAUCAGCUUUUCGGCAAAUUUGAUUCGUUUUCUGGGUCGCAGUAAAUUACCGUGGAAGUGAAGGAAGCCACAAAAUAUUAGUUUGAUAAGUUAGAGAAAAAUUUAUUAGAAAUAUAAUACAAAAAGGUUAAGGGUGAUCUAGUAUAGAGACAAUUAACACUGAUUGCAAAUGAAUAACUUGGAAAGUUUUUAAGCCUUUCACCCCCAGGAGUGACGAGCAUUUAAAUUCUCCUUACAAUGUAACCCGCGAAUUAUACAUCAAGGUCAGAAGAAUAAAGAAAAUGAUCACCAACUGAAGAAGUUCUUGAUUGUUAAACAAAUUCUCCCUGACAGCAGCAUCUUAGAUGUAUAGAGAACAGUAUGGAGAAUAUGCAUACUGAUAUGAAGGGUCAAAGUAUUCAAAUAGUGUGUAGUGUUAGCAAAUUGCUUUUCAAAUUCAAGGUUUUUAUGUGGCUCAGUUUUAAAAUUCCUGACCAUUGCACGUUUUUUGUUGGCUGUCGUCUUUGUUUUGAGUGUCUCUCAACCAUUGUGUUUUUGUUUUGUUUCCAGAUCCAUAAUGCGCACGGCCAAUAUUGACCGCAAGAGUCUGGAGUCUUGUUUAAACACCACAGAGAUUUCUCUGGACCAUCCGAAAGAGUGGAAACUGGGCAAGUGUAUCAUUCGCUUUCCCGAGAUCCUUAGCCGCGUUCUAGACGACUUAAUGAUGCAUACGCUGUGCGAAUUCAUGUACGAAAUGGCCACCACUCUUACAGAGUUCUACGACAACUGCUACUGCGUGGAAAAGGACCGGAAAACAGGGGAGGUAAUCAAGGUGGACAUGGGACGCCUGCUUCUUCUCGAGGCCACCGCGCGCGUCAUGGAAACUGCGUUUUACAUUCUGGGAAUUAAACCUGUUACGAAAAUGUAA